AUGUAUUAGUAAAAACUUUGAAGAGUAGGAAUGUUACCGUUGAGUGCUGAGUUCCCGACGCGGAGAGGAGGACGCCUUAAAGAUCUUCGCAGAAGAGCAGACUGAUAAGAUGGCUGUCUUUUUAUAGCGAGCUUCUUGAGAGGGAGGUCUCCAGCUGUAUGAGACUUUCCCAAACUUUUGUGUCGACUUGCCUAAAGGAGGGUUGUACUUAGAACUGAGCCAGAAGUUAAAGCUGCACCUCGUCGACACGCUUCUCCGAUGCCAGACAGCCUCGCCACGACGCCUCAGAGCGACCGAGCUUGCAGAGCACACAACAGAACAGAACACGGAGAAGCCUUCUGUGAUCUGUCUUGUGAGGAUGAUUAAAUACUUGUGAGAGAUAGGACAGACUCGACUUACUUUACCUAACCUAAGGAUAAACAAAAUAAGGUAGAACGUGCAGGAGAUUUGAGCGCCAUAAAACAGUAAGUACAGCGGCUACCUCUAAGUACUUACUAGGCAAUUACAUUGUAUUAUGAACACCUUAAAAUAAAGUGUUAGUUAAUAACGAACUGACAAAACGAGAGAAAGCAAGAACAAUGUGAAGAAAAGGAGAGCAGGAGUAACAGGUGAAAACACUCAGACAAACAAAUGGGAGGGAUAGGUGACAAGACUCGACAUCAGAAACAUCUGAUCAGGUAGCAACACGGGCAGAUGAGGACUAAACAAGGGGCACGGUGACGGACGGGACAAAAGAAGAACGUGGCAAACAGAAAACACAAGCUGCAGUGUGGCUUUGCUUUUACUUGUUCACUUGUGGGAAAAGCUCCUCCCACUUGAAAGUGAGGUCCCUCCGGGCUGCGAGGACAAAUAUUGUUCGACAACCGAUCUUGGCGCCGCCGUUUGAGGUCAAACAAGCUGGACAGGGGGGCUAGCCUGACUCUUUCAUUGAAUUCAACUGACUGUUGUACUUACUCGAGGGACCAUGUAUGUAAAGGAAGAAGUGGAUGGUGAAGUUUUCUGCCAAUGCCUCCUUAAGGCUCCAUCAAAUUAAUCAUUUAAAGGAGGGGGAACCAACCAUCAUGAUCUGAAAUAGCCUUUAUAGGCAUACAAACAGAGACCUAAAAUAUCUUCAGUGAACAGGAAUGCCACGUUACCAGGAUCUAAUUCAUUAUUUAAUGUGAAGUGAAGAACAGAAAGGUUGAUGAAAUCUGACGAUGAAACAUUUUCCUUCAUUUGGAUGGAAUAAAUAUCCUUGCUUGCAUUUUAUAUGGAUAUAUUAUCGCUGAGGACCAUUAUAUCCACAAUUGCUGUCAUAAUAGCUGUUAGUUUUAAACUUGGUUUCUGUGGAUGUGCCCAUGCUGAAUAUGAUGUGAAUGGAGAAUGCUGCCCCAUGUGUGCCCCUGGAAACCGUGUUUAUUGGCACUGUACUGUAGAUACCAGUACGACAUGUAUUCCUUGUUCUACGUCAACUUACACAGAUGAACCCAACAGGCUUACGACAUGUUUUCCCUGCACCGUGUGUGAUACAGCUCAACACUUAAAAGUAAAAAAGGCCUGUACGCGCUCUGCGGAUACAAUCUGUGAACCACUGGAAGGAUCCCAUUGCAUUACACUAUAUAAAGACUCCUGUUCAUUAGCAGUGGGACACAAUGAAUGCAAACCUGGACAAUAUAUUAAACAAACUGGUACAGCAUUUACUGAUACCAUAUGUGCAGACUGUUCAGAUGGAACUUAUUCAAAUGGCUCUCUAAUGGCCUGCCUUUCACAUUCAAAGUGUGAGGCUAUGGGACUUAGAGAAAUAAAAGCAGGAACAGCAUCCUCUGAUGCUGAAUGUGACAAAGUGACAUGGUCUGUUGGUGUUGUAGUUGGAGUCACAAUUACGGUUCUCGUAGUUGUUAUUGUGCCACUAUUAGUAUGGAUCAUAUGCAGAAAACAUAAAUAAACGAUAAGGGGAGCACCACACAAACAUGUAAAUACACAAGGUUUUCGUAAGAAAAGUAGUAUUUAUUUACAUACAUAUCAGAUGAGGAAAAGUAGUCACAUGCAGUAGAACAAAUGGUUUUGCUUCUCUU